UCUACUUUUUUUCUACUCCAAACGGAACAAAAACAACAUCUCUCUUCAUCUCCUCCCGUCAACUGUCUCCCGAGCUCCUCCUCGUCAACGUCGUCGGCGGAGGCGCCGCCGGCGAUUCCCUCCUCCGGCCGUCUCCCUGACCUCCGGAGACCACUCCGUUGUGGCGAGGCUUUGCUAGGUUUUGAUUUUAUAUGGGAACCUCAUCGGGUGCAAAUUUUCAUCAACAGCUUCCACAGGGGAUGCCGCCCCCACGGCACAACGGGAGUGCCCCAAGCCUGCAGACAUCACUCUCUCUGGCCUCGCUGGAGCAAGUUGGUUCGCCAGACAUGCAGGAGCCUGCGUCGAAUUCUGACCCAGGGCAUGACUCUGCCACUGAGAGUGCCAGUUCACGAGAGACCUGGCCCGUGGAGCCGAGCAAGAACAGUGGUGCUGCUGCUGCGUCAGCUAUUAGAAUAGUGGAUACAGAUAAGGAGGCAGCCACCAAAGGUGUCGCUGAGCAGCAGAUCAUCCGUAGGAUCCCAAAUACUGGUAGAUUGACUCUCAGGGAGGUUGCUCGGGACAGGGUUGACCUGAUUGCUGAGAAAAUGAAGGUUAUGCCAGAUGAGCUGUUGGACGAAAUCAAGAGUGAGCUUCGAUCGAUUCUUGAAGGAACUGGUGGUCCUCAACACAUUGAGGAGUUCUUGUACCUGCAGAAGGUUGUCCAGGGUAGGCUGGAUUUGACACCAACUAUGCUUUUGAUGGCACACCAUGUACAACUGGAGAUUCUUGUUUCCAUCAAGACUGGAAUCCAGGCAUUUUUGCAUCCAAGUGUUAACAUACCCCUGAGCCAUCUUGCUGAGGUUUUCUUGUACAAGAGGUGCCGGAACAUUGCCUGUCAGUGUGCUCUCCCUGCCGAAGAGUGUAGGUGCAAUAUAUGUGGCAACAGGAAUGGCUUUUGCAACCUAUGCAUGUGUGUGAUCUGCAAUAAGUUUGAUUUUGAAGUCAAUACAUGCCGCUGGAUAGGGUGUGAUUCCUGUUCUCACUGGACUCACACUGAUUGUGCAAUCCUUGAUGGGCAGAUUGGGACCGGUCAGAAAAUAAAGAAUGGAACUGGACAUGCAGAGAUGCUUUUUCGGUGCCAAGCCUGCCAGAGGACAUCUGAGUUGUUGGGGUGGGUUAGGGAUGUGUUCCAACAAUGUGCUCCUGGCUGGGACAGAGAUGCUUUGUUGCGAGAACUUGAGUAUGUUCGUAAGAUUUUCCGUUUAAGUGAGGACCCCAAAGGGAGGAACUUGUUCAGGAAAUGUGCUGAUCUGAUUGAAAGACUAAGAAAUCCUACAGCUCAAUCCAUGAGUCCCAGAGCACUGCUGCAAGCACUCCAAGAGCUUGGGAUGGAUUUCCCAAAGAUGUCUGAAAAUGAAGAACUGGGGCGACUGAUCACUCCUCAUGAGGCCUGCAAUCGAAUCGCCGAGGUUGUCCAAGAGGCUGUUAGAAAGAUGGAGACUGUGGCUGAAGAGAAGAUGCAGAUGUUCAAGAAGGCCCGCCUCGCGGUGGAGUCCUGCGAUCGCGAGCUGGAAGAGAAGGCGAGGGAGGCCCGGGAGCUCAAGGCGGAGCGGCUGCAGAAGCAGCAGCAGGUGGAGGAGCUGGAGAGCAUGAUCCGGCUGAAGAGCGCAGAGGCCGAGAUGUUCCAGCUCAAGGCGAACGAGGCCCGGCAGGAGGCGGAGCAGCUCCAGAGCAUCGCGCUAGCCAAGUCGGAGAAGGCGGAGCAGGACUACGCGAGCAUGUACCUCAAGCGCCGCCUGGAGGAGGCUGAGGCGGAGAAGCAGUAUAUCUUCGAGAAGAUCAAGCUGCAGGAUAACCAGAGGCCGCCGGCGCCUCCCCAGGCGAGCAGCAGUGCCGCCACGGGCGCCCCUGCCCCGGGCGACCCAUCGCAGAUGAUGAUGCUGUCCAAGAUCCAGGACCUGCUGAAGAACGUCCGCAGCAUGCCGUCUGGCAUGUCGGACGGGCGGCAGUCCAAGUAGCCGCUGCUCACCAGAUUAGUACUGUUCUGCGCGCUUCAAACUUGUGAUUCCGUGAUAGUUCAUGCGAUGUACAUUAAUAGAGACGUGGAAUAUCUCUGGUUGGAGCUUACUUCAGUGCACCACCUUAAAAAUAACUUUGGAUCCUUCUGCUAAAGAAAGUAACUUGGACAAUACUUUACAGGUUUUAAUGGGCGUUACAAGUUUUAA